AACACAUCUGUGAGAAAUUGAUUGCGGUGGCGUCUUUUGAAGAAAGUGCUUAUAAACGUUAAAGAAUACUGAAUAAAAACUGGUUAUAAACGACGCAAAGACCUUUUUUCAAAUUUAAUGAUUGUUGUCUGAACUUAAAUUGUGAAGAAAAAUGGUGAAAAAAGGAAAAUCCUUUACCGUUGGUGAUUAUGUUUUUGCGAAAGUUAAAGGUUACCCACCAUGGCCGGCAAAAAUUACGUCCAUUGACAAAAAGAAAUACAAGGUGUACUUUUACGGUACCGGCGAAACCGCAAACCUCAAAAUAGAAGAUUGUUUUCACUAUUUGGAAACGAAGGCAAAAUAUGCCAACGACAAAUGCUUGAAGAAAGCCCACUUUCAGACCGCUGUGGAUCAAAUAGAGCAAGCCAUAGCAACUGGUGAAGAUGCGGCUCCGCUUGAUUUGGAAACGUCCGUUGCAUCGACAACCGCUGAAAAUGCUCCGGCAGAUGUUACCGUUGCCACCGAAGACGAAACGGAAGAGAUUGUUACCGAACCCAGCAAGCCAAAGGAAACUGCAAAAUCGACACCAAAAACGACGCCCUCAACGCCAAAAGCAGUUGCCGCUGAACGUAAAGCAAUCGUUCGAAAAGUGUCUACUGAAAAGACCAAUCCAAUCGAAUCGAUAACAUCAACACCAGUCCCUGAAGAGCCGGUGAUCAGUCGUAGUGGUAGAACAAUCAAACCGAAACGCUAUUUGCAUGAGGAAUUCGUUGAAGAGCCACCCCAACCGAAACGCAAGACUAUUGAGCCUAAUUUCCCGCCAAAAGAUAAACGACCGGAAAAUACUGUGAAAGUUGACUCAUCAAUGGAAGUGGAGGAAGACAAAAACAGUACGAAGGAGCAAAUUCAAUUUGCUGCAGACACUGUAAACCAUUCAUUACCCGAAAAUACUCAAAUCAAAGACAUUCCACUCGAUGAAUCGAAUAUCACCGAACUGGAAGUCAUUCCAGAGCCGGUAAAAGAGACCACAACCCGGAAAUUCGCAGUGAAACCUAAUGACGAAGCCAUUCAAUCCGACGAUUUACUGUUGGCUAUAACACCAGAUGGUGGAUGCAUUGGCAUUAAAGUAAAAUGUGGAAUGCCCGACUCAUUCGAUACGGAGCUAGGCCUACAACAAUGGCUGAAAGAAGCUGGAGAAAAAGCAGUUGAUUUGAAAAAUCAAAUUGAAUCUGGUGCUUGCUCUGUUGAAAGUGUAAAAGACCAGCUCGAUAUGAAUCCGAAUCUAUCUCCGAAAUUGAUCAAAAAAUUAGUAGCUGAAAGUCGAUCUGUUGCCGAACGUGAACGAAGAGUGAUGCUAGAAAGCAAUUUAUUGGAACAUGACCAUAUGAUCAAAUCAUGUAUACAACUUACGUCAGCUGAUGUAGACCGUGCUGUAGAAUUGAUGAACAGCUACAAAGAGUUAAAAGUUACGAAGUUCAUGCUAAAGAAGCAUCCAAUUGUUGUGGAAACGAUGAAACGACUAAGACGAUACGUUGGCAAUACGAAAAACUGGGGCUUCUCCGACGAACAGAAGGAAGAGUUCGACGAAAAAGCCGCAAAAGUUCGGAAUCUCGCUGAGAGCAUUUAUAACAGCUUCAAAAGUUUAUUCGUUGUGCCAGAGGGACGAGCGUUCUUAGAUAUUUUCAACGAAGAGGUGCGGCUCUUCAAGGAGAGAGUUGGCCAUAUGACACCCGAAGAACUUUUAUAUUACGAGGACGAUGAAGGUGAAGAUUUGCUUGAGUGAUAUAGCUGCACAACAAAAUCCAAACGCAUCUGCAUCUUGUAAUUUAUUGUUUUUGUAGAGGACGAAAACAUUCCUGAUGAUGAUAAAGUCAAAAUCGCUAGGAAAAGUCCAGUUCUACAAGCAGCAACCUGAAUAUUUUUGUCUUUCGUUUAAACUGAUUGGCUGUACUGGGGCCUUCAAAAUACAAAUUUCAUUUAAUAAAA